AUGACUUCUUUUGUCAUACGCAACAGCGGCGGCGGCAGCGGCGGCUGCGAGGGCGCAGGCAUUUGGGGCGCGAAUGCCCUUCGCGCCGGCCGUCGAGGGGGCAGCGGCGGAGCUCUCCCCGAAGCGUGGAGCCUGGGGGCGGUGUCGGGAGGCGCGGGCGUGCAAGACUCCCUUCCCGCGGCUUCGCCCGGCGCCGCCGCUUCGCCUUCCCGGCGAGGCGGGAGACCUCUUUACUUCCCUGUUGGCAGACUUCCGAGGAGCCCCUUAUUUUUCCACCACCGAGGUGAAGAGGUUCUGGAAUCGAAGCGUCAGAGGUGGUUAAGUGCACCUUCUGCAACUCCUCGGAUCUGGUCAGUCUCCCUUUGGGGCGGGAGACCACAUUGGAGCAUCUCACUGGGGUGCAGGAAUGGAAGACCCCACCUUGCAUCCUUUCUGCAGUGUUGCUUGCCUCAUCUACUCUUAGGAAUGAAGAGGAGACUUGUGAUAACCCGAUGAGGUACUGAAAACCAAAUGGCAGAGAAAAUAUUA